AUGGAAAACGAUCACAUCGAAAAUACAGUCAUUUUCUGCUCCGAAAAUGAAGAAGUAUACGGAAUUGUAGAAAAACUAGUAGCAGAUUGUGAUCAAUUGAUAUUCAGAACUGAUGUCUCAUUGGAAACACCCUCAUACCAAUCUUCCAUUGAAAGCAACGAACAGGAACUGGAAGACAUCAAAUCACCAGUAUCAGAUAAUGAACUGAAAAAAAAUACAAAUAAAACAAAAAAUAAAAAAAAUAAAAAUAAAUCACCAAAAAAAGAAGAAAAAAAAGAUCCACCAAGUGUUAAACUACUUAAAGCUAUAGCAAAUACAACAAAAGAAUUAGAAAAUAAUGUAGCGAAGUUUAUGGAUAACCCUUGGACUAUACUCAAACAUGUCGAAGGAUUGGUUAAUAACUGUCUAGAACUGUUGAAAAAAUUCAUAAAAACAACGAAACAAAAUUGGGAAGAAGUUAUAACCUGCGCACCAAACCACCCCAAAAGACCUGCUUUGUUAGCAAUAGAACAUGUUUGUUAUCAUGUAUACAAUGUAGCAAAAGUAGCCAGACUCAGAAGGAUGAUACCAUUCCUGCCAAAUGAUGUCAAACUAUUGGUACCGGUUAUUGAGUUCGUGGAAUUCCUACAAAAAAAUAACAGAAUUGGAAUGGAUUUGAAAUAUGAUAAUAGAAGAUGGUGUAUGGAUUAUGUAUUCCUAGCAUGGAUAGCGAUACUGGUAUAUACACCGUUCCAAUUAUCAACAAUAUGGAAAGAUGAAACUGGACAAGGGAUCACACUACAAACUAGAAUUGUCAAUAUUGCACUCCAUUAUCUGUUAACGUCAACAAGGUCAAGGGAAGCAGCAGCUGUGGUUCUAUCAGCAUUGUACGCAAGACCAGAUGUUAACACUGACGAAUUCACACAAUUCAUACAGUACUGCAUAGCAGUAUUGGCACAACAAAAUGGAACCAAUACAGCGGAAAUGGAUCUCGAUAACGAUGAAAUGGACCAAGAUAAUCAAGAACAAAAUAUUAUCAAAUAUAUAGAUAUACCAAACACCACAACGAAUGAACAUAAACAAAUUGGGAUACUAACCGUGCUUAAACAAAUGCUCAAACAUAUGUCAAGAGAUGAACUUCAAGCACAUAUACCCAAAUUAGCAGAAUGCAUCAUCAACAAUAACGUAACAAACUCAGCAGCAUAUAGGAAACUUAAAGCUGGAUGCCUAGGAAGAUUAGCAAUACAUAUAUUGCCGCCAGAGUUUACUGCACAAAAAUAUAGAAAAAUGUGUAAACAGCUGAUAGAAACGAAACCUGUUGUUACGGAACCUGAACCACUUGUUGAAAAUUUCCAAAUCGAUGAAAGGGUAGAAACUAUUGUGGAAGAUCUACUCUUCCUACUGAUAGAUAAUGAUAUGAGGGUAAGAUGGGCAUCAGCUAAGUCAAUAGGAAGGAUAUCAGCAAAACUACCAAUGUACCUCAAUGAACAAAUCAUAGAGUAUAUACUAAAUAUCAUACAUAACGAGUAUGACACCGAACUCGAAUGUUUCACAAAGGGAGAAGCACCUGUACAUGGAAGCUGCCUUGCUAUCGCCGAAAUUAUAAGAGGUGGCAUAUUACACCCACAUAUGUUAGACAAAGUAUUGGAUUGUGUAGUUUUGACAUUGGAUUUUGAUGUAUGGAGAGGAAAAGGAUCUGCUGGUACAUCAGUUAGGGAUGCAUCAUGUUAUAUUUGCUGGGCAAUUGUUAGGAACUUCGCAAGCUCACUGAUACAACCCUCACACCUUAUACCAAUGAGCAAGUCACUAGUUAACAUGGCAGUAUUCGAUAUAUCAAUCAACUGUAGACGUGCAGCAUGUGCGGCAUUACAGGAAUUUGUAGGAAGAAUUGGUGAUGUCGCAUAUGGGUUGGACAUAAUCACUAUGGCAGACUACUAUUCCGUGUCGAACCGCAGAAACGCGUUCAUCAAAGUGUCAUACGAUAUAUCCAAACUAGGGUUCUACACCAUAUCUAUGGUGGAUAAUCUUAUGAAAACAAAAAUACAUCAUCCAGAUAUAACAACCAGAAGGUACGCUGCAACGGCACUAGGAAGGAUCACUUUAGCACUCUUGGAUGCACCGAAUAGCCAAAUUAUCACCAGAAAUGGACAACCGGUUUAUCUAGAAGUUGUACACGAUUGCUUAUCAAAGUUAAUCACGAGAAAUUUAGGGGUCAUGCACGGUAGUUUAUGCGCUAUAGCACAGAUACUGCAGAACCUUGUUACACACGGGGACCUUAUAACCAGCGCUUUCGAUAAUAUCAGACAAGUACCCGUCAUAUUCGAACGUAACAGGUUGUUCAGAUUGAAAGGAGGGGUAAUCAUAAGACAAGCGAUAUGUGAGUUGAUCAGGGCUAUAUGCCGUAUUACCAUAAAUAACAAGGAAUUGACUAUCAAGGAUACAGAAAUGGAUAUAUACAUUGUGAUUCUCAAAGAUUGUCUCAGAAGUUUCACAAUCGAGGUACAGAUAUCGGCAGUAGAAGCUUUAACAGAUCUUUUCGAAAUACUGCAACACACACGGAAAAUACAAGCCACUGAACUUGUUGAACACCUUAUCACCUCUAUAGAAAACACUUCUGACAAUGUAUCGGCAAGGAGGGGACAUGCACUAGCUUUCGCAGCUAUCACAAAGGAACUGGCUAUAGAACAACACCAAAAGAUAGUUAAUGUCCUGUGCGAAGAAGUUGUUACCAAUUCCAAACAUAAACAUAUCAAUGAUGCACAAACAAGGCAACAUGCAUUGAUAUCACUGGCACAAAUUGUCCAUCAUAUAUCGCAAGAACAAGUUUCAUCACAAGUAUGUGAAAGGAUAGUAGCAACGUUGGAACACAGCUGCACUGAUUAUGAUGUAGAUACAAGAGGAGACGUAGGGUCAUGGGUACGAGAAGUUACACUAGAAGUUAUUUGCUAUCUACUACAUAUGCAGAGGACUAACAUGGCACAAGGGAUAAAAUUCACCAUGAUGAACUCAAUGGGAGAAAGUCGGAUACUGAGACUAGCACAAAGCCUAGUUGUUAUAUCUCUAGAACCACUGGAAAAUACAAGGGCACGGGCCACUUUCAUGUAUGCACAUAUUUUCGGAGGGUCGUUCAAUUUCAAACCAGAAUGGAUAUGGAAACGUAUAUUUUAUGGAGCAACCUACGAAUAUGAAAUAGCAAGAUGUGGAACCUUCCCAAUAUCUUGUAUAGAUCAAGCUUCAGCAGUCGAACAUGUCACAACAUGCAUGAGCUCACGUAAUAGAUUGACACAAAGAUGUGAUUCCGCCGCAUCAACAUCUAUACCGGAACAUGGAAUAUGGACUGCACAACAGGAAUAUACACAACGCUCGGAUAAUGAACUAGACACAGAUCCAGAAUACCCAUCUUCACUAUCACCUGGAAUUAAGAUGGGUGUUAUACCGGAAAAUUCUACACGCUCUAUUUCAAAAGAUCGAUCUAGAGGAACACCAGAGUUCGCCUGUGGGCAUGAACGAUACCUAGAGGAAUCUAUAAUUAUGAAGAGCAGAGAAACGCCCCUACUCGCUGCUAUUGCACAUAACAUCAACUGGCAUGUGGUACAUACAUUCGAUCUACAGGAGUUGAUACUCAGCCUAUCGUCAGAUAGUAUGGAAUCUGGUGAAACUUUUCCUAGAUUGUGUAACAAUCUAGCUCUAAGGUUCCCAGGAUAUUCGGUGGCACCUCUAUGCUUCGAACAUUUCCUGUCGUUGAUAUAUCUACCAACGUUCUCAUACAUUCUGGUAAGAGCUCUACUACAUGUUCUAGGCGGGAUGGCGAUACAGCAGAUAUGGAACGCACGUACUCUAGAAGCAGUCGUCAUAGAUUUCUUGCGUUCUCAUUUGAAUGCAAGGGUACAAGCGGAAUCGGGUGAAUGGAUGGAACUACAACAUAUGUUAUCACUGUAUGUAGUCAAAGCGUAUAGCGCAGCUAUACAGGCAAGAAAUACCAAACUAUGCGCAAGGGUAGUGUCCACAACUCGAAUGUUUAUCAACCAGGGGUUUAUAGUACCGGGAUACGAACUAGCAGAUCUUUUAGCAAAGGAAUCACGUAUAGCUGCAAACUACAGCUACCUAAAAGGAAUCUACAAGUGUCUACUUAAACUUUAUUACGCAACAGGUAAUGGGCCUGGAGCACGCUGUGCACUACGUGCCAUGAUAGGAUAUUUGACACACAAAUAUCCAACACUAAGGCAAUACGCACACGUCAACCUGAUGGAUGUACUCAGUGAGUGCACUUGGGGAAUCAACACCGAAACUUUAGCAUCAGCGCUCUCGGUGCUUGACGAUCAAAUGAACAGGGACGGCAUCGCAAAAACCGAACUUAUAUCGCGUAUUCACUCACUAUUGAAUCUUUAA